AUGAAACGGCCUCUGGUAGAUUAUGAUUCCGGGUCCGGAUCCGAGUCCGAGUGUGGAAGCUCAUCGGACGGACCAAAAUCAAGUUCAACAAAUAUUCCUCCCCAGCUCAAGAAGCGCCGGAACGGUGACAUCGGCACUCGGGCCCCACCCUCGGCUCCGGCUUCCACUCCGAUUGCCCCACUUGGCCGAAGCUCUGGCACCCACACCAUACCGCCAAAACCGGCACCCAAGUCAACAUCAUCUCUCCCACCCAUCUCAGAUCGCUUCAAUGAUUUAUACGCCUCUAACACUCGAACUGCUGUCUCUGACGAUCCUUCCCUGCACCAAGGACGUCAGCGCCAGGUCCCUCAUAUUCCCGGCAACUGGCCGAGCCACGUAUAUAUCGAUUGGGAUCCCAGCUCAGGGGAUCGUGAGCUCCUCUCGUCGCUUGUUGACAAGCUUCAGACCAGGGUAGCUGCUGCUGCUCAACGUUACCCCGACCUCGAGGGAGUCAAAAUCAGCACGGCCUUGCGAGAUCCAGAGUUACCUGUGGACAAGCCAUUGCACAUCAGCCUGUCGGCCCCACUUACACUGACCUCAAAGAAUAAAGACGCUUUUCUUGACGAUGUAACCAGAGCGUUGAGGUCAAGUGGUGUAAGCCCUUUCGUGGUGGACUUUUCCGGAGGAGUCAAUUGGUAUCGAUCCGAGGAAAGCACCCGAUCGUUCUUAGUCCUGCGGGUGCGUGAGGUUCAGAACACUGGCAUGACCACUGCAGAUUCGAGCCCCAACCCACGACUGACCACCCUACUUCAACGAUGCAACAAGACCGCGAAAGAGUACGGUCAACCGCCACUCUAUGAUUCGCAAGACAUGGGCUACCGCUUUCACGUCACGAUAGCCUGGACUCACGCUCGUCCAAGUGAAUCGUUGAAGCAGCUGACGGAUUCAAUCUUUGACGACUGCAAAACCAUGUAUAGUGAAAACAUGUCGAUCAGGGACAAACUUUGUACUGGCUCAAGUUUUCGCGUUGAAACGGUCAAGGUCAAGAUUGGAAACCACGUUACCAGGUUCGAGCUACCUGAUAAGGGUCUCGCCUUACCAGUCAAGACUACAUAGGAACGCUGGCCUUGCCAGUUCUCACGCGUCAAGCCAUACUCAUCUGGCCUAGGAACGCCCUCAGUCUGUUAGGGCCAAGGGGAAGAAAGCAACUCAAGCCCUUCCGAGCAUGGGUGCAACCCCGAAGAGUAUUUCGAUACGGAGGGGAGAGAUUGCCUGCAUUGCCUCGAGUCCCACCUGGAGAUAUCAAAGGGCCUCGACAACGAUGCAGAACGGUUUUCGUGCCCCGGAUGCGAUCGAGUCUUCUCGUCCCGACAAUUUCUCGAUAUGCACCUGGAUUCAGACGUUUGUCGCGCAAGGGAGAGAGCAGUUACAGAUAUCCAAAACAUUUCGUCUAAGAAAAAAAACGACAUGGAGAUGCCGUUUGUGUACUAAGUACCAUACUUCAGGCUUUCCAUCAGGUGAGAGUCUCUAGGUCAUUUUCCAACAUAUCUGGAAAUGGAUCGUUGCAAG